GUCUCCAGGAGACGACCAUGGCUGGGGAUGCGGGAGGUCGCGGUUGCCCAGGCUCGGAGAUGCUCCUGCACCCAGAACUGCUGUCCCAAGAGUUCCUGCUGCUCACGCUGGAGCAGAAGAAUAUAGUUGUUGAAGAGGAAAUAAAGAUCAACAAAGAUGACCUUACCAAUAUCUAUGUUCAACAUGCCAUACCAUUGCCUCAAAGGGAAUUACCAAAAAGUAGAUGGGGGAAAAUGAUGGAAAAGAAAAGAGGGCAAAAUGAAUUGAAAAAUGAGCAUAAAAGGGAUAUGAGUAUGGAAAGUUUACGGAAAAGACCCCUCAUUGUCUUUGAUGGAAAUUCAACAAGUACAAGCAUAAAAGUGAGAAAGACUGAAAAUGGAACAAAUGAUCGGCUAAAACCUCCUCCAUCAGUAGGCGUUACUAACAAUACCUUUAGGAAGUUACCACAUUCAAACACUUCCUCCCUUAUUCUGCCUUCUACCUUGCCUACAGACGUUAAAGUGGAAAGCAAUAAUGACACUAAACAGAACCAUGUGUUAAUGACUAGUAGGAGUACACCGGCCAAUGUAAAAUCACCACCGUUAUCUCCUGUUGGGGGAACUACUGUUGUGAAAUUAAAGAGAACUGCUCCAAAAGAAGAAGCAGAAUCAGUGAGUGAAUUAAAGCCCACAGAAGCAAAGAGGAAGAUCCAACAUGUUACAUGGCCGUGAAUGAGUGGGGUUCCCCAAAAUGUAAAUAUAUCUUCUAACCAUAGAUUCCAGAAAAGGUCACAUUUAUUGACCAGUUUAAGUACUAUAUUUACAGGGGUUCUGACUGCUGUGGAAUUUUCUUAAAAGGUUUAAGACAGCCUUGAAGAUAAGUUCCAAAAAUUUACCUUCCCCUUAAACAUUUUUUUCUUUUUAAUCCUUGCCUCUCACACACUGUAGUCAAAUAGUUAAAAAUCAGUAUUUUUUGCUAAAGACCUGAAUAUGUCAUUAAUCACCUUGGCCAAAUGGCUGUUUGCAAGUUUAAUAUUAAGCUUUCUGAUUCAGCAUAGAAAUAAUUUUCACCAGACAUCUUCAGAGUAUGUGACAAUUUUCUAAAUUUCCGUUUUAAAUCUAAAUCUCUCAGUUUCUGUUGUAGCCAGUUGGUGGGUUUUCUCCAUCAGUAUGUGCUCAGUGGAAGAAUGUUUGUUAUAUAGAUGUAUCAGCAAAUAUUA